CUUGCUAUUUAUACUGUCCUUGACCCCGUGACAGUUGUUUAUGUUUAAUCUGUGUUGCAACAAGGCAGGACACAGGUUAAAGGCAUUGAUAUUUAGUUAUAGCAAUAAUAAUACAAUUUAAGUGUAUAUUUUAUAAUUAAGUUUCCUCCUACAAUUCAGCACACACACACACACAUAUUCGCGUUUUAAACCAAACGACGAUGUAAUUGAAUUGCAACCGGUAGGCUGUAGGCUUAGGCUUAGGGCAGUGUUCAGUGUAGUUUCAGUUCAUUCGAGUUCAGUGUCGUCAACGGUAGUGCGUAGAAAGUUUGCUUAUACUAAGUAUAAGAUGCAAUAAAAUAAUGAUUUUUAAAAUACAUUUUAGAGCAGUAAAGUUAUAGUUCUAUAAAAACACCAUGCUCCAAAUCUGCCAGCAUUGCAUUAAAUCCCUGGGUAUCCCCGGUGGAGACUGACAGACUGAUUAUGAUUUAAAACACAAGAAUCAUAACAUAACAAACUUUCUUCUUAUUUUCAGUGACUUAUUUUAUGUCUUCUUUUAAAUUGAGCAUGAUCAUGUUAAACCUAUGAAUAGCAUCACUCCUGUAAUUAGCACAACUUUCGGUUUGGUUGCAAAGUUUCGACAUAUCUAUGACAUGUCAUGGGUUUCACUGCAGUGGCUAUUUAUUAUUUAGUCAUAAACUACAAACUGAAUUUUUUAUAUUUAUUUUAUAUGUUUUAUUUUUGAAAAUUAUCAACUUAUUUCUUGAGAUCUAAUGAGAGACUUAUGGCUCUUAUAUUCAAAUAAUGCAUUUCUUUACUUAAAAUCUAAACAAGAAUUAUUUAUUAAAAAUUGUAUUAGAAGUUAAAAAAAAUAAAAUAAAUUCAGGUCAUAUUUUGUCAUUUAUAUAAAGGGAGAUAACAAGUAAAUCAUUAGCUACACUAAAAUAUAAAACAGGACCAAUAUAAAUACCAUUAAUUAGUACGCUUACUACAAGUACAAGAUUACCACCAGCCCACCUUUAUAAGUUUUAUAAUUAUGUCAGGGCUGUCCCGAGUGUCCAAGAUUGUCUCCAUCACAGACCGAUUUAGAAAAAGCUUUUGUACCAGUAUUUUAGAAGUUUAUGAAACCAUUUUUUUUCUGAGCUCCUUUCUAGUAAAACCAAAAUCCACUAAGGACUAGACAAAAAGUGAAUGCUGAGUAUUUUGUGGAAAAAAAUUAAGACCGACACAAUUUUUUCACUUGGGAUUAAAAAUUAUUUUUAAAAUGAAGUUUCUAACAAACUUACUAUUCAUGCACUUACUCUAAAUAACUUACUAAACAAUGUUAAAUGUUCCUGCACAAGUACUUACUCAUACAUGAUGAGUGUUUCUGUAAAUUAACCAGUUAGUUAAUGAGAUACAAGUUGAAAUAUUAUAUCUAACCUAUAGUAAGGAAUAUACAAUAGCUCACACUAGGAAAGUUACAAAAAAAAAUUAAUUGUCUUAUGUAUGAAGUUUAAUUACCUUAAUUUUGUUUACCACACUCCAAUGCUAAACAUGUUUAAAAAACUAUUUAAAAUCUUAAAAUUAAAAAAAGAGCACUUAUAUUUUCAGUAUUGUGUGUGUUCUGUAGGCUGUUUUAUCACUCUUCAAGAAAAAAUAUGGCAUCAGUUUCAACUGCAUUAGUUUUUCUUGCCGAAGGGGCAGAGGAGAUGGAAACAGUAAUUACUGUAGAUGUCCUCCGUCGAGGGGAAGUAUGUAUAACAUUUUAUGAUAUGAGUGCAAAGGGAAAUAUCUACUAAAGGAUUUACCGUUUUAAAAGCAGCUGUUUGGGAAUUUUGUAAAUUAAUUAGUAUAGCUGAAUAGUGUAUUGUAUGAAAUGGAAAAAGAUAUUGUUUUGUCGCUAUGACAGGUUGAUGUAGUUUUGGCUGGAAUUGAUGGAGAUGGUCCUGUGAAAUGCAGUCGUAAUGUGAAAUUGGUUCCUGACAAAAGCCUGAGGGAUGCUCUGCAUAAAGAAUAUGAUGUUCUUAUUUGUCCUGGUGGAGGAUUAGGAGCAGAGAAUUUGUGCAAAGUGAGUGUAGCUGAGUUUUUAAAAAAAUGAUGUGAAUAAAGUUUGAGGUUUUAGUAACAAAUACAUUGCUAUUUUUCAUUUGAGCAUGUUAAUUUUUUUUUUAAACUUACUUGUUUGUAUUAAUCCUGAUUUUAUAAUCAUUAACCCUUGAAAUGUGGCAUGCAUCAUUCUAUGGUGUUGGAGCUUUUUAGAGCUUUUUGAGUGCCUUUUGAAAUUGCAUUAAAUGACAUAGAAAUAUUGAUACAAGACCCCAAUAAGUAUUAUGUUUUUAGAAAGGUAAAUGGAUGGGGAUAAAGUUGCCUAUAUUGCCCACCAAGUAAAAAAAAAUUUGCUCAGUGUCCUUGACCUUAUAGUGCUCAAGAAAAAAAAUCGACAAAAUUUCUUGGUUUCAAGUCCUCAUAACAUCAUUAAUUUUUAUAGAUACACUUAGAUAAAUCUAAAUGUUGUAGCCAAUUCAUUUAUCUUUCAGAAAAUGCAUAGUUUGCUAAGGCUUUGAUUACAAUUAAACCUCUGAAAGCAAUUUUAGUAAUUUUAGGUCAUUUAUAUAAGAAACUGGGACUACAGCUAAAACCAAGUACAAAAUACAAAAUCUCAUGCAAAAUAUUUCUUAUUGACUAGUAAACAUUUAAAAAGGAACUUUGGAACUGAUUUGGGUUGUUUAACUAUAAAAUUUAUUAGUUCUGAUCUAUAGUCUGUAGCUUAUGUGACUAAAAUUCAGUCAGUCCUUGCCCAACCUCCGGACCUGGCUCAAGUCUAACAGUAGCCUCUGUAGGCCUACUUCAGUAUCACAAAGACUAGUAUAAGAUUCACGAGAAGAAUAAUCUCAACUGAUAUCGUCAUGGGGAAUGUUAAAAUCAUCAUCAUUAUCACUUAAAUCCUCUCAUAAAGCGCUUUCAAAAAUAUUUCUAUUAGUUCUUGCACUGAAAGCCCAGCCAUAGCUUCAACCAUUUUAGCUUUAGAAAAAACAGCGAUAUAAAACUCUGGUUAAAAAGUAUUUAUUAUUAAGUUAUAAAGAAACAGCUUUAACAGGAAGAUGAUUUAAUUAUUAAUAAAAGGAAGAGGCUAUAAUUCCGAUUAAACUUUGGAUUAGAAGUUGUUAUCGAACCGUGUUUUUAAUCUGCAGAUUUUUUUGGCUGCCACAGCACAGAAUGAGAAUAUCGGCCGAUUUCGUCGGCCGACCACAGUUCGAGGGUUAAAUCAUUUUGACUUACUGUUUACUACCAUAUUAUUAGUUUUCUAAUUAUUUUUUAAGUCCAAAGAGGUUGGAAAAGCACUGCAGGAGCAAGAGAAAAGAGGUGGAUUUAUUGCUGCUAUUUGUGCAGGUAAUUUUAAUCAUUAAAAUUUACAAAUCAAAUAUAUAACUUUAUUUUUUUACAAAAUUUUUAAUAUUUUUAAGACAUGCAGUAUAGUUAAGUGACAUUUGCUCAAGUUCUGAAACUCCAGAUUAAUAUGCAUUAAGAAAUCAAAGAGGAGAGCAAGUAAUAAUGGUGCUCAUCAUUUGAUAGUUUGGCAUACAAAAAUAAUAAUGAUGGUGAAAUUAGGCAGAAAGAACUCUCGUACACUCAAACAGGGCAGUGUUAAAAUGUGAGAGGAUAAAAAUAGAUAAUAUAUCUAAGUAAGUGUUAUGUAAAAAAUGAAAAAUCUUUGAAAAAAAACGAAAAAACAAUGGGCAUGUGUCUCAACACAUGACUCUGUCACUGGGUUUUUGCAACACCUUACCACUUUCAUGAACUAAUAAAAAAAAUAGAUAAAAAACUAAAGAAAGACAGCCCUUUUCUUUUAAUCACAUAUUUAUACUUGUCUUCUUAAUUAAGUGUGAUGUGUUAUCAUUUAUGUACAUUUUGUAAUGAAAUUUAAUUUGUUUGUGUUUUAAAUUUCCACAUGAUUUCAUUUGAAAAUAAAUUUUGAUAUUUUUUAGGUAAAAUUAACUAUGAUUGAGUUAAAAGUAAACAAAAAUACAUUUCAACUGAGAAUGAACUGGAAUCAGUAAAACAUUUGCAAUAUAAAUAAUGCCAAAAUACGAUAUAUUUUGAUUUAGGUCCUACAGCUCUCCUUGCUCACAAUGUGGGAAAAGGGAAAAAAAUUACAUCUUAUCCAAGUAUGGCUGAUAAACUAAAAGGUUGGUUAAACCAGUAAUUUCACAUAAUGGUAUUAUUGUAGAUCCUUAAAUCAUUUUGGUUGUAAUAAGAAAAUCUGGCAAGUUAUAAUUCUUAUUCAACCAGAUGAAGAUUGUUUCUUUCAGAAACACUGGUACUUUCAUUCUCAAAUAUACAUUUGUAAACCAUGUUGUUUAAUGCAGAAUAUGAAAAAGAAUUUUCAUUUGUUUUUAGCAGCAUGCAUCAGAACAAAAGCUUUGCUUGACAUUGACUGAAUUUUGUAGUCGCUAAAUAAUUUUUUAAAAUUACAAUUUAUUUACCGUUAGUUUGUUACCCUUUCAUAGAUUUCGUCAAAUUCAUAUUAAUUAUUCUAAAAAAUGUUGUUUAUUUUUCUAUUCAUUGUUUUAAAAGAUUGCUCGAUGUCAAAUAUUAGAUUUUAAUUAGCUUAUAUGCAGGUUAUAAUUUCAGUUUAUUUGAUGAUUUUCUCUGAUUUUACAGAUGCUUACAAAUAUUCAGAAGACAGAGUAGUCGUUGAUGGAAAAUUUAUUACAAGUCGUGGGCCUGGCACAUGUUUUGAGUUUGCCCUUGCCAUCGUGGAACAGUUAAAGGGAAAGGAAAAGGCUCAUGCACUUGUCAAGCCAAUGUUGAUUAAAAUUUAAGACAACUGUUUUUUUCCUCUUCUGUGCUCUGAUUCAUUGAACAUGGUACUUGGAUUAGGAUUCCUCCAUAUUUACCAAAUCAGGGCCGAUUGAAGGAUAUUUUGUUAACUGGGUGUGAAGACUCACUGUUUAAAGGAUAGAAAUUAAAAUGAACGUAAUCUUGAUAAGAGGUAAUCUUCCUAUGUGUGGUAGAAUUUCUGAGCUUAUUUUUAUACUUACAGCCCAUUCCAGCAUUCAGACCACAUUUUAGCACUGAUGUUUAAAGCGAUUGCCUCUGUGGGAGCGGUCUGCAGGGUCAGGUUUCGAAGCAACAGCUGUUACUCUUACUUUAAAUAUUCUUUUAGAAACUAGUAAGAAAUUUCCUCAAACUAUUAAUUCUUUGAAACAAAUUCAGGAAGGAUUUCUAAUUAUUGUGCUAUGCCAAUGCAUUUUUCAAUAUUUUUGAUGACAAAAAAUGUGCCAUUUUGAGAAAUAAUGUUAAAAGUUUAUCUCUGAUGAAACCAUGAGAGACCAUUAGCUCUUGAGUUUUCUUGGCUGUAGCUUAAUUUGAAUCUAAUAACAAAAUCCAUUUUUAAUAAAUGAUUCCUCUAUACCUUU